AUGGUUCAGGCUGUCCAUUUGGAUUACAUAGGACUAGAAUCCUGGUUGGUGGCCUUUGAUGGGUCCAGCACCUCGGGAGCAGCCGGAGCCUGUAGUAAUCUUCAAUCCAGAAGGAGAAGUGUGGCACUCUGGUCACUAGCUUCCGCAAGGUUUGGCAUUCCAAAGAGGAUAACCACUGAUCAAGGAACUGCAUUUACGAGUGCAAAGGUCAAGGCAUUCACAGCCAAGUACGGGAUCCAAUUACUCCCCUCCUCUCCCUAUUAUCAUCAGGCUAACGGACAAGCCAAGGCGACGAACAAAGUUUUGAUCUCCAUUAUCAAGAAGGCGCUAGAGGAUAAUCCGAGGGGGUGGCACGAUACUUUAAAGGAGGCUUUGUGGGCAUGUAAGAACGCCAAAUCCUCUGUAAUCAGCAGCACCCCUUACAGGCUGACUUAUAGACAUGAUGCCGUACUUCAAUUAGAAAUCACGGUACCUUCACUUUCAAUCUUGAAGGUGAAUGGGUUGUCAAUGGAAGAGCAUGAGUAG